AAAACACCAACGUAGUACAGACUUGAAAAGUGAAAAUGAUGGCCAACGAAAAAGCUCUAGUCUUGUUCAUCUGUUUCAUGAUCUUGCAAGCAGCCAUGGCAGCUGCUGCCGAUUUGAAAAGUUGCAAGUUUGAUCAAAUAUAUCAGCUCGGCGAUUCCACCUCCGACACCGGAAACUAUAUCCUGGAGACCUCCAACUUAACGGCUUUCCCCUGCGCCCAUCCCCCUUAUGGCGAGACCUUUUUCAAGAACGUCACCGGCCGUUGCUCCGACGGACUUCUCAUGAUUGAUUACAUAGCCAAGGCCGCCGGUCUACCGUUUCUGAAUCCGUACAAGAACAAAGAUGCUGAUUUCCGGCACGGAGCGAACUUUGCAGUUGCCGGCGCUACGGCGUUGCCAGAUCAUGUUUUGGCCGCCAAGAACAUCCCCCUCACUAGGACCCAUAGCUCCCUCGACGUGCAGCUCGAUUGGAUGUUUACACACUUCAACUCUAUCUGCCUUGAUGAUCACGAUUGUGCCAAGAAACUCAAGUCUGCUCUCUUCUUCGUCGGCAAGAUUGGACCCGAUGAUUAUAGUUACCCCUUGUUACUUCAAGGAAGGCCAGUUGAAGAAAUGAAAGCCAUGGCUCCAGAAGUUGUUGACGCCAUAGCUGAGGGUGUCAGGAGAGUUAUUAAGAGUGGAGGAGUGAAGAUAGUAGUUCCGGGAAGUUUUCCGAUCGGUUGUCUCCCGGUCUUCCUUACAGAUUUCCAGACACACGACGACGCAGACUACGACGAUCACAACUGCAUCAGGAAACUAAAUGAUGUAGCCAAGCACCACAACAACCUGGUUAUAAAAGCCAUUGAAAAACUGAAGAAAGAAAACCCAAACACAGUGAUUGUAUAUGGAGAUUACUACAAUGCUUUCCUCAAUCUCAUCCGCAACGCUAAAAAACUGGGAUUCAGUAAGAUAGAGUUGCACAAAGCUUGCUGUGGGACUGGAGGAGACUACAAUUUUGAUGUCACAAGACUGUGUGGAACUGCCGGAGUGCCGGUCUGUCAACAGCCGGAAAAGUUCAUAUCCUGGGAUGAAGCUCAUAUAACUCAACAUGGUCACCAGAUAAUGUCCGACUGGGUGAUCAGUGACAUCUUACCUAAACUUGAGUGUCAUUAGAAGUAGUUUGAAUUCAAUUAAGUUACUAUCGAGUCGAAUUGAGCUCAAAUCAACCAUAAUCGGGGGGCUCAGCUUGACUCGAUUUAUAGUUCAUUCAGUAUACAUAUAAGAAGCCAAAAUGUGAAAGAAGCAAUGAAUUGAAUAAGAAUCCGGUUUUUAUUU